AUGCCAUUGAUACUCUCUUCUACUUCGGCACUUGUGAAGUUGCUUGAGUUGAGGGAGGUCAAUCAUAUUGAGUUUUGCAAAAUUAAAAGCUUGCUCGACGACAUACUGCAAAUGUACAGAAGUCCAGAGCUCAAUGCAAUCCUGAAGUUAUUAAUGGAUCCUACUUGGGUGGCAACUGGGUUGAAAAUUGAAUUGGAGACAUUAGUGAAUGAAUGCAAGACUGUAUCUUGUAGAAUUGGUGAGAUAAUCUCUUUAGAAGGCGAAAAAGAUCAGAAGAUAAGCUCCUAUACUGCAAUACCAAACGAGUUUUUUGAAGAUAUGGAGUCUUCAUGGAAAGGUCGCAUCAAGAGGAUUCAUUUAGAGGAAGAAUUUGCAGAAGUGGAUGAAGCUGCAGAGGCCUUAUCUAUAGCAGUCAAAGAAGACUUCCUUCCUAUACUUUCAAGAAUCAAAGCUACAACAGCUCCACUUGGAGGGCCCAAGGGCGAGAUUUUAUAUUCUCGUGAGCAUGAUGCUGUAUGGUUCAAGGGGAAACGUUUUGUACCUUCUGUUUGGGCUGGUACGCCUGGAGAAGAACAAAUUAAACAGCUCAAAUCUGCUCUAGAUUUGAAAGGUAAAAAAGUUGGAGAAGAAUGGUACACCACAUUGAAGGUGGAAGAGGCAUUAGCAAGGUAUCAUGAGGCUGGUGAGAAGGCAAAAACAAAGGUCUUGGAAUUGUUAAGGGAACUUUCUACGGAGCUACAGACAAAGAUCAAUAUCCUAGUUUUUGCAUCCAUGUUGCUUGUCAUUGCAAAGGCAUUAUUUGGCCACGUGAGUGAAGGGAGGAGAAGAAAAUGGGUUUUCCCAACUCUCAAUCGAUGUCACAGAUUUAAGGAUAAAGAUGCUGAUGGGAUGAAGAUAACAGGGCUAUCUCCUUACUGGUUUGAUGCAGCACAUGUUGCUGCAAUACAGAACACAGUUGAUAUGAAAUCACUAUUUCUCUUGACGGGGCCAAAUGGAGGUGGGAAAUCAAGCUUGCUGCGAUCAAUUUGUGCUGCAGCGUUACUUGGAAUAUGCGGAUUCAUGGUGCCUGCAGAGUCAGCUAUUAUUCCUCAUUUUGAUUCCAUUAUGUUGCACAUGAAAUCUUAUGAUAGCCCUGCUGAUGGAAAGAGUUCAUUUCAGAUUGAAAUGUCAGAGAUUCGCUCUAUUAUAAUGGGAGCUUCUUCAAACAGUCUUGUGCUUAUAGAUGAAAUUUGCAGAGGGACAGAAACAGCAAAAGGGACAUGUAUUGCUGGUAGUGUAAUAGAAACUCUUGAUGCAAUGGGUUGCUUGGGUAUUGUGUCAACACACUUGCAUGGGAUUUUUGAUUUGCCAUUGCGAACUAAGAAUGCUGUUUAUAAAGCUAUGGGAACAGAAUGUAUGGAUGGUCAAACAAUACCAACAUGGAAAUUGAUUGACGGGAUUUGUAAAGAGAGCCUGGCAUUUGAAACAGCUCAGAGAGAAGGGAUUCCUAAACCAGUAAUUCAAAGAGCCGAGGAAUUGUAUCAUUCAGUUUAUGCAAAAGAUCCAUUAAGAACAUAUCAGCCAAAAAUAAAGCACUUGACUGCUCCUGCAGAUGUUCAUGUAUCUGAUAAAGCUACUGAAAAACAAAGUGAUGAUGCAGAAGAAGCUGUGGGACCCCUGACUGAGUCAUUGAACCCUGUGGAAAAAUUGCACAUGGAAGUGGAGAAUGCUGUCAUUAGCAUCUGUCAGAAAUGGCUAAUUGAGCUUUACCGAAGGAAGAAUGCAUUAGAGCUUUCAGCAAUGAAAUGUGUUCUAGUUGCUGCCCGGGAACAACCGCCUCCAUCAGUCAUUGGCAAUUCAACUGUGUACUUGAUUCUUAGACCUGACAAAAAUCUCUAUGUUGGAGAGACUGAUGAUCUUGAGGGUCGAAUCCGUGCACAUCGCUUGAAGGAAGGAAUGCAGAAUGCCUCAUUCCUCUAUUUUCUGGUACCUGGGAAGAGCAUCGCUUGCCAAUUAGAAACUCUUCUGAUCAACCAGCUUCCUGGUAAGGGCUUCCACUUGAUCAAUGUAGCCGAUGGAAAGCAUCGUAAUUUUGGCACUUCUGAUCUCUUAUUAGAAAACGUGCCAUUGGUUAGAUAA